UUCCCUUUAACUCACCUGACGGGAGGCAGGACCACACCUGAGCUACACUUCCGCCUCAGACUCUCACCACAACAACAAUAGGAGGAGGAGGAGAAGAAGAGGAAGAAGAAAAGAAGAAGAAAAGAAGAAGAAGAAGAAGAAGAAGAAGAAGAAGAAGAAGAUCACAUCGUUACGGUGGAAAGACAGACAGACAGAUAGACAGACAGACAUGUCUCUGCUGACGGAUGAUCUGCCUGAAGACGCCCCGUGCCCAACAGGAAGUACCAAGAUGCAAGACAGUGGGGGGAUGAAGACGAGACAGGGCGAGGGUGAAGACGAGGUGGUGAGGUCUGCCAUGACGGAGGCCAGCACGCUGCAGUGGCCCGGAGACAGACAGACAGGUGGACAGACAGGUAAAGGUGACAGGAUGAGUGUGAGGUCAGACGUUUCGCUACGAGAGGCGGCGAGCUGGACGGAGAGUGAGCGAGGGCUGAUGGCGGAGGGAGAGAGGAGGGAAGGAGGGGAGGGCGAGGAGGGGGCGGGGCUAAACACACACCUGGAGGAGGAGCCUGUAGGGAACCGCCUGCCGGAGAAAGCAGCUCAGGUGUUCAGUCCUGCAGUCACCGUUCUUCACGCCCCCUCCUCACCCAGAGAGAGUGAGGCAUUCUGGGAAAUGGAGUCAGAGAAGAGCCCCUUCCUGGGUCCCCGAGGAGUCCCACAGGACUACAACCAACAUGGAUACCAGUGGCCUGAGGACACGCCCCCUGCCACAUAUGGGCGGGGCUGUCCCAACAGGGACGUCCUGAAGGUGGGCGUGUCCCUGAUGACGUCAGCGCUCUUCUUCCCCCUCCUGGUGUGGGGGGGGUUUGUCUUCCUUCCGUUUGACGCCCCUCUGCUGGACGGCGCCGCCCUCAGACUCGUCUACACGCUGCGCUGCUCCGUGUUUGCCGCCGCCCCCAUCAUCCUCGGUUGGUUGGUCCUGGGCGUCAGUCGUCUCAGGUCAGGUGCGAUUCGCCCUCUGUUUGAUGACGAGGUGAAGGAGGUGGAGCAUCACGAGGUCACCGUCCAUCGACGCUUCGUCUCGGACUCCGCUUCCCUGUUCCUGAUCUACUUCCUGCAGCUGGUCGUCAUGGCAAUGUACCUGAGCCAGGAGCAGCUGAAGCUUGUCCCUCUGUUGACCGUUGUCUUCGCCCUCGGACGGCUGGUUUACUGGGUGGCUGCAGCUUUCGACAGCAGCAUUCGUGGUUUUGGUUUCGGCCUCUCCUUCCUACCGAGUCUAGCCAUGAUGGUCGCCAACUUCUACUUCAUCUUCACGGUGGAUGCGGCUGGGUCCGUCUUCAGCCUCCCAUCUCCUCCUGAGGAGAUGUUGACUCCACCCGCUGGCAAACAGAGGUUCUGGGGAUGAGAGCUGAUCAGUAAUCAAUAACCUUCCUGUUGGGCUUAAAUAUUUAACUGAUCAACUUUGUUUUUUAAAACUUAAUUUUUUAUAAACUGAAACUUUAAAACAAAAAAAGCUAAAUAACAUAAAAAACGUUUCUGUGUUUAUAAAGUUUUAUUCUUUGGACCACCUGGUUAUUGUAUAACCCCGCCCACUCCAUCAUGUUUGUUUCAUUCAUUUUUUAUUUACAUUUUCAGUAGAAACAGUUUUUUUUGGUCUUUUUUUUAAGCUGUUCGUCAAAAUAUUUAGCUGUUGAACUACUUCCAGUUUACUUCAUGUUUACUUCCUGUUCAGUCUGUGUUUGUGUUCUAUUUCUGGUCCAUUUUUCAACAUUUUAUUUUGUAAAAUAUGUUUAAUGAUCAUUAAAUAUUUGAUACUCUUUAAAAAAACUUUAUCACUCAGUUUCAUAAUUCACAAUAAAAUUCAUCGACCUCA